AUGGGUAAUAUAUUGAAAAAGAAAUCAGUUAGAUAUGAUAAACAGUAUAAUAACAAAAUUAAAGCUAGACAUGCACAAUCAAAAAUUUUUGAUAGAGAAUAUAAAAAGAAACGUGCAUCGAUUAAAGCAAAUUAUUGUCAAAAAUUAAAACAACAAGAAGAAUUAGACAAAUCUAUUAGUUUAUCAUCGUUAAAACCAAUCGAUUUGAGAACAGAAGAAGGGAAAAAACGACGUCAUCAAAAUACUACUCGGCCGAAACAUGAAAAUGAAAACUUGAGAGAUACUAUUCGUAAACGCGAACUUGAAAAUAGACGCUUACAAUCAUUGUCAAUCUCGUAUUCAAAUUCAUUAUCAUCAUAUGAAGAAGAAAACAACAGAAAAGAAAAAGAAAAUGAUCAUGAAAUAAUUUCACCAUCAAAAUUGUUAAUCGAUAGUAUGAGUCCUGGUGCAAAAAAAAGAGCAUCACUUCGUUUGAUGGACAAAAAAAGUGAAUUAUCAAGAGGAAUAAUAACAAAUGUUAGACAAAAAUUAGGAAUUAAUCUUUCUAAUCAAUACUUUCCACCAUCAAGUCAAGCACCACAACAUCAACAACUCUUUAUUUAA